AAUGUCGUAUUAGUGACGUAUAGGAUGUUUUGCUAAUAGUUAGCUUCGUGGCUAACCUUGUCGCAGCUGAUUAAAUGUUGAAAAUUACGCUUAUUUUACGAGCUUUUGUUCGUUUUUGUGUGCGAAAUUUGUGAUGGACAUUUGAACGUUCGUCUCCCGUGACAACCAGAAAGGCAGAAGAUGAACGGCAGUACGAACCCGUUGCUGGACAAAGAGGAGCAUGUUUUGAAGCUCGGGGAAAGCUUCGAGAAAAGGCCCAAGUCCUCCUUUCACACAAUCAGAUAUGAUUUCAAACCCGCGUCCAUCGACACCAGCUGCGAAGGAGAGCUGCAUGUGGGCAAAGGAGACGAAGUCACCAUCACGCUGCCUCACAUUCCGGGCUCCACGCCGCCCAUGACGGUGUUUAAAGGCAACAAGCGGCAGUAUCAGAAGGACUGCGUGCUCAUCAUCAAUCACGACACGGGUGGCUUUGUCCUGGAGAAACUCAGCAGCAGCAUCCAGGUCAAGAAAACCAGGGCUGAAGGCAGCAGCAAGAUCCAAGCUCGCAUCGAGCAGCAGGCAGUGAGGACAAACCAAGCGGGACCUCAGUUCCGGGCCCCCACGAAGCCGGGCGUCACCACCAAGACGUCGCCGUCGCCCUCCAAGGACGACCCUUCCCCUGAGCCGCAGCUGGACGACAUCAAAAGAGAGCUGCGAGCCGAAGUGGACGUGAUCGAGCAGAUGAGCAGCAGUGGCAGCAGCUCGUCAGGUUCGCCCAACGCCUCGCCCAGCGCGGGCGACAGCAGCGAUGCCGGAGGAGGUGGCGCUUGCGAACGUGAUGCCAACCGCCCGCCGGGCCCAGUCUCGUCUUCGCCACCAGGCCGCCACGCCCUCGCCAAUGGGGGCGGCGAGCGGCAGCCUCCCGCCAACCAUCAGCUCAUCAACACACUCAGAAGUGAUCUUCAGCUCAGCGAGUCUGGCAGUGACAGCGACGACGAAUAAACCAGCCGGACGAACGCCUCUCCUCACCAACAGUUGCUUUUUUUUAUGGGUCAGGUCAUAAGAGUAUUUUUUCAAAUGAUGCCACAUAUUUAAUUUUUUACAAGAGAGACUUUAUAGAUGGAAGAGGGUUUUAUUUUCAAUACAUUAUUUUUUUUUAGCAACAUCUCUAGUUUUAGGCUUUUAAUUGAAAACAUUUUGGAAAGGGAAUUUGUUAAUUUUGUUUAGUGACACUUUGUAGUCCAAAAAUGUUAACCACUGUUCUCAGUUAAAAAAAAUUGAAGACUAUUAAAUUCGACCUUUUAGUCAAGGAAUGUUAAAAAAAGAACAUUCAGUAAUUUGAAGGAUCAGAUUUUAAAACGAGUCAGUGAAAAAAAAUAAAGUUAGUAUGGUUAUUUGGAAAUGUGCUAGAAAAUUGAAAAGAUAUUGAAGAUUUUUACCUCAGACAACUGCAGAAAGGUGCAUUUUUUAUCACGGUCACGUUCACUAUGCCCAUUACAGUUUGAACGGGAAUUUGACAUAUUAUGCGGAUAAAAAAAAAACCCCAUCCAUCUCUUUUCUUUAUUGGUGCUCUUCUUAUCAUUUGCUUGUUUGUUCUUGACUUCUCACGCUAAAGUAUUUUUCCAAUUUGUAUUUCAGUGGUCAUUUUGUACAAAAUGACAGCUGAGAGAAUCCGAGACACUUUGGCACUGCAUUUGUUUUUGUUGUACUAAUGAGUUUGUUUGAAUAAAAUUGGUGUAAAGAA